AUGCACGACGCCAUGUCGGAGUACUUGGCUUGCAGGGAUGAAGCACAAAGCCUUUCGUUGCUUCACACCAAGAGCACAUAUCAAGGGCUUGGAAGCCCAGAGGCUUCUUAUCAAACCGUUCUGAAUGCAGCCUUGAAAGACCCCAGGGACCACCACGCUGUGGCAUCAGACUUUGCCUUCAGAACUCGAGAAGUGCUGCCCGUGCCUUUCGAAGUCAGCUUGAAAACCAUUGCCCGCAAGGAAGGUUGGGAGCCUGAGACAUUCAUGGCACGCGGCUUCGAUUGCAGCCUGAUGAGGAGCACCGACGUGGCGCCACAUGCACGGAUGCCACCAUCAAGGGUAUUCGUGCUUCUAUCAAAGAAUAUGCCCGAGCUGGCAUCAUUUCGGAUGAGAUUGCCACAACAAUAUGCCGUGACAUCCGGGAGGGAGACCCGACACUCAGGUCUGCAUUACGGCAACAAAGAAAAGAUGUGCACUUGGCUGAACUGCGAAGAUGACAAGACAGUCACUGGAGAUGGUGCCACGGCGCUGAGUCAUUACACCCAAGUGUAUGGACUGGUGUCGCUUUGUGAGUAUGUGCUCCAGCCGACUGCAAGCAUGUUUUCCAAGAGAAUCCAUGCGACGUGGCAAACAAGGCCAGUGACAAGUGACCCUGAUCAGCAGAGCCAGUCCAGCAAAGAGUUCCUGAUUGACUUCUUUGGUUGGAUGGGGCGCGUGGCAAGCAACCAGGACAAAGACCACUAUUUUGACAAGUUCGCCUUGCCCGUGCUCAGGAAGGCUUUGCAGGGAAUCUCCGACUUCUUUCACGAGAAUCACGAGAAUGUAGAAGAACCAAUCUAA